AUGGUGAUAGACAUUAAAGCUAUAAUUCUUGAUCCACCUCUAAUUUAUGGUUCUCUGCCAUCAGAUGUAGAUGAGUGUUCUCUGGCAUAUGGUCGUUGUGGUCAACUAUGUCAUAACAUACCAGGCUCUUAUUCCUGUGAUUGUAUUCAAGGUUACCAGCUCUAUAAUAGCACUGACUGUCGAGUUACAGAUGAUACUGUUAAAAUUCUUAUAGCAGCUGAUCAAGAGCUUGGUACACUGGAUCGAAAAACAGGCAUCUAUGAGACGCUGAUUCCUACAAAAUCAAAGCCUGCUUCUGUUGCAUAUGACUUGGACAGAAACAUGUACUUCUGGGCAGAUGAUGUCUUAAAUGUGUUUGUCCUUGGGAAGCCAAACUCUGUUCCUCUAUACCCAGGACAGUUGUAUUGGGCCAGCAGCUCUACAAGGGUCAUCUGUGCUGGCUUAAGUGAUGGCAGAGGCUAUGUCAAAAUCUUGGAAAAAGAUCUUGUGCCGGAGCAGCUAGUAGUUUUUCCUGCAAAGAAGUACAUGUACUGGAUAAAUCGAGGUCAGAAAGGGCUGAGGACUAUUGAAACUGCAGGAAUGGAUGGCUCUAACAGGAAGAUGCAGUUGUGACCACAGAGGACCCUGUAGGACUCACUCUUGACCAUGUGACUGGCAGGCUCUACUGGAUCAGUGGUUAUAAAGAGGUACCAUAGAUAGGCCCAGAGGAACUGGUAACUCUCUUUAAAAUUUUUUGGAUUGUAUCUGUAGGAGUGUUUUGCCUGCAUGUGUGUAAAUGUACCUGUUUUGUGCAAUGUCUGUGGUGGCCUGAAAAGAGCAUCAG